AGCUCACAUUCACAGCUCGACUGCGCACUCGGCACACAUCUGACCUUAUGAGAUCUCCUGACGGCGCUGCUCUCCGACUGUAGCAGUCCAGCGAGAGAAACUAACAUAUGAUUGUAAGUCCGUUCAGGAUGCCUGGAUCACUCCCUGCUGUUUGUGAGGCCUCAUGGCCUAAAGAUGUGGGAAUCAUCGCUAUGGAGGUGUACGUUCCCUCUCAGUACGUGGAGCAAGCGGAGCUGGAAGAGUUUGAUGGGGUCGGAGCGGGGAAAUACACGGUGGGGCUGGGCCAGGCGCGCAUGGGCUUCUGCUCGGACCGGGAGGACAUCAGCUCUCUGUGCCUGACGGUGGUGCAGCGGCUGAUGGAGCACAGCGGCCUGUCCUACCAGAGCGUGGGCCGGCUGGAGGUGGGCACAGAAACCAUCAUCGACAAGUCCAAGUCCACCAAGACCGUCCUGAUGCAGCUGUUCGAGGAGUCGGGCAACACUGACGUGGAGGGAGUGGACACCACUAACGCCUGCUACGGAGGAACCGCCGCGCUCUUCAACGCCGUCAACUGGGUGGAGUCCAGCUCCUGGGACGGUGCGCUUCUCAGGCACACUUUACUGACUUAUUUAAAAUACAAUUACAAUACAAAUACCAUGCUAGUCGGACCCAACGCCCCUCUGGCCUUCGAGAGAGGGCUUCGUGGGACACAUAUGCAACAUGCGUAUGAUUUCUAUAAGCCAGAUAUGGUGUCUGAGUAUCCAGUGGUGGACGGCAAGCUUUCCAUCCAGUGUUACCUCAGCGCUUUAGAUCGCUGCUACUCCAUCUACAGGAACAAGAUCCAUGCCCAGUGGCAGAGAGAGGGUCUUGAAAAGCAUUGUAGUCUUGAAGACUUCGGCUUCAUGGUGUUCCACUCUCCUUACUGUAAACUGGUGCAGAAGUCUUUGGCUCGACUAAUGCUCAACGAUUUCCUCUGUCAUCCCAGUCCAGACACAGAGAGCGGGCCCUUCAGCGGACUGGAAGCUUUCAGAGAUGUGAAGAUUGAGGACACUUACUUCGACAGAGAUGUGGAGAAGACCUUUAUGAAGGCCAGCUCAGAAGUAUUUGAGAAUAAGACAAAGGCGUCUCUCCUUAUAUCAAACCAGAAUGGUAACAUGUACACACCAUCAGUGUACGGCUGCUUGGCUUCAGUUCUCGCUCAACAUGCACCACAGCAGUUGGCAGGACAGAGAAUCGGUGUGUUUUCUUAUGGCUCAGGCUUUGCUGCUACGCUCUACUCCAUCAAAGUCACACAAGAUGCUACACCUGGAUCUGCUCUGGAUAAGUUGGUCUCCAGCCUGUGUGACUUGCAGGCCAGACUGGACUCCAGAAAGAAGGUUUCACCGGAUGUUUUUGCUCAGAACAUGAAGCUCAGAGAAGAAACCCACCAUUUAGCAAACUACAUCCCUCAAGGCUCGGUAGAGGAACUCUUCCCAGGAACAUGGUACCUCACUCGUGUGGACGAGAAGCAUCGCAGGCAGUACGCCAGGCGCUCGGUGAGCGAUGACAGACCGCUGGAGGCCGGACUCCUCGCUUCCAGCAUUGCGGCUGAGCAUAUUCCCAGCCCGCUUAAGAAGAUGCCCCGCAUCCCAGCUACCACAGCUGGCCCUGAGGUGCUCGUCAUUAGUAACGGGGACCAUUAAGUUUGCCUCUAUGAGGUGCUCACAAUGGCAGAUCACAUGGCCCCAGGACUUCUGCAGCCAGAUCACUUCUCAGUGAGUGAUGUGAAACUCAAAGCUUUUUAAUGUUCCAGGACAGACUCAGUUCGACCAUCACUGUGUUGAAGACGGUAGUUUGGAAACGAAGUGGUGAGCUCCCACAAACUGCCUCUCAGAGUCAUCUAUGCAGAUAUCCUGAAUUGUUUAAUCCUUUUAAGUUCAAAUAUCUACCUGUUGGCAUUUCACAAGCUCCGUGUUGUCUUAAACUAACCCUGUCAUUUAAAGCAGACGUUUUAAGACAGAAAAGAACAUCAAAACGUGAAUGUCUUGAAGAAGAGCGUCCCUCGUUGUUUUUAAUUGAUCUAAAUGCUGCAUGGCUCCGUUCUCGUCAGCUGACGGCUGUCUGUUUUUGCUAAAUUGUUGUCUUAUAAAACUCCUUUCUAGUCAGUCUUAUCACCAUGGCCAUGUCAGGGAAAUGUGCCUGGAUCACAUAAUAAUGAGCCAUUAACUUAAACUAUAUAGUCGCUGCUAAACGGGCUUCUGUUGGCAUUUAUGUCCUUCGAAAUGAGAAUCAUUUAUUUGAUAUUCAUUCUAGCCAAAGUAGAUGUGUUCAUUUAUAUGAACUCAGAUGAGGAAAAAGUCAUGAUUAUUGUAUAGAGGACAAAAAAAGUGAUGAUAACUUAGUGGCAAUGCUUUAAAAGCUAUGAAAUAAUAUAAUAAUCAAACUGGUAACAUCUUCAGGACAACAGACAGUUUUCGAGAUUAAAAUGAGAAAAAGCAUCCGAUUGUCAUGUCAGCUGUUCAACCAAAUUGUCAUCUUUUACUCACCCUCAUUUUGCUCCAAAUCCAUACACUCUCAGUAAAAAAGGUACAUAAUCUGUCAAUGGGGCAGUAUCUUUUCAAAAGAUACACCUUGGUACCUAAACGGUCCAUAUUGGUGCCAUAAAGGUACAUAUAAGUACACAUUAAUACCUAAAAGGUACAAAAGUGAUAGCCCAGUGACAGCUUUUGUACCUUUUUUCUCUGAGAGUGUAGGACUGACUGAGUUUUUUUUCCUUUUUUUAUUUUUUUUAUGCAACAUUAAAGAAUAUAUUUUGAAGAAUGUUGGCAACUAAACAGUUCUGGAUCCCAUUGACUUAUUGUAUGGACAAAAAAAAACAAAAAAAAGUUAACAGUGAAUGGGAACUGUAACUGUUUGGUUACCAACAUCCUUCAUAAUAUCUUUCAUGAUGCACAGAAAAAAGUCAGUUAUGCAGGUUUGGAACAACAUGAGUAAACGAUUAGAAAAAUGUAUUUUUGGGUGAACUGUCCCUUUAACUCACUCUAUAUCAACUAUAUGUAGAUCACAACUAACCCUGAUAUUUCUUGAUCUGUUGAAAACUUGCAAUCUGAAGAGAUUUCAUAUUAAUGUGAUCUUUUAUGAUCAAAUCUUUGACCUUUGAUUGUUCCAAAUGACAGAGCACUUCUCAGUAAUGAUAACUUGUUCAGAGAUUUAUCGAUUUCAGAUUUUAAUAUUAAUAAUACUGCGGUAUUGUAAAGGUUAGCACCUUAACACCUUGAUGUUAAAGGGUUUGUGGCAGAUUUACUAGACUAAAAGAAAAAAGAGGUAUUUUCAGAAAGAGAUUAUGCUUGAUUGCAUAAACACUGAUUGCAAAAUGGUAUUUCCUUUCCAAACAUUCUUCAAUCCGUGGGUUCAUGUUGACGUCUGAAUAACAAGAGCACGUCUGCUCCAAAUGCAUAUCCAUCCUUCGAGAAGCCUUAUACAUUCUAAUGUACAGAACACAAAAAAAUUCUAAAACUGUAUAGAGAUUUUCUCUCUCAUUCUGCUGCCAGGACAUGUUGACUGUAAAGUUAUAACUUGAAACAGCCAAUGUUUACAAGACGUUUCCCUCAUGUCAGUUCAUGCCAAUAAUUGGCAAGUAAUGUACAGCACUAACUUAUAUUUGUAGAUGGACAAAAAUCGGUAUCUGAUCAGGUGUAACGUGUACAAAACAAGCUGUUAGACAAUGUGUAUGUGGGAAUCUGAUCAUAUGUGAACUGAGGAUUAAAUGUUGAUUUGCUAAAGUCUCUGUUUAUUCUUUGACUCUGGAGGUUUGGAUUUUAAUGUUUUGUGUCCAU